AUCAAAAGUUAAAUUCAUUCAACUUUAAUAGCUGUAUAAUUAUCUCAAAAUCCAAAUGGAUAAAAUUGCAUUAAAAAUUGAUACUCCAUCAGACGGCACUAAUCAAAUGUUUACUCAACCAAUCAUGACUACUUAUUCAACUAAUCUUCCAUAUAAUUCUUUUCUCAAAGAGGAACUCAUUAUCAUCGCAGAUGAUUCUUCUAAUUUUUUUGAAAAACAGCUGCCAUCUAAUUCUCAGAAUAAUCUGGCAACGAAUAGUAAUUUUCAUAAAACUCAUAUAGCUACUGAAUCAAUACAAAAUAGUAAUGUCAGCAAUAUACUCAAUUUAGGAGCAGAAUUGACAGUAGCACAGGGAAGAACUAAGAUAAAGUGUGAGCUAUAUUGUAUACAAUGUGAUAGAAUAGUUGAUGAAGAAACAAUUGUACAAAAUGCUGAAAGUCUAGAGUGUAAAGAAUGUAAUACUCGACUACAAUUUAAAUGCAAAAAUUGCCCAAAACGAUAUGAACAGUUACGUGGACUUCAUAGACACAUUAGAUAUGAAUGUGGUAGUAUAAAAAGAUAUCAUUGUACUCAUUGUCAGUUUAAGUGUAUUCGUGAAAUACAUCUUGACUUGCAUAUUAAAAAGAAACAUGACUCCGAAUAUUGUUUUAAGUGCUCAAAAUGUGGUAAAGUUUAUCAUAAACGAUGGUGCUUAAAAGAACAUGAGAGAUCUUGCGAAAUGCCACUAAAAUGUGAAUUUUGUUCUUUUAGAACAACACAGAAACAAAGUCUUAAUUAUCACAUAGGGGCCAUUCAUAAAUUGCCACAUAAUAUCUUUUAGUAAUUUUAGUACUAUGGUCUUUCUUAUUCUGAAAAUAUAUUUAUAAGAAACAAUA